AUGGCAAUUGGUUUGAAUGAUUAUAGCAAAAAGUUUAUUAAUUCUACAUUGAAUUCUAUUAAUGAACGUUUUGGACAAGAUUCUCGUAUUAUCAUGGAUAAUAUUUCAAUGUUUACAAAAUUAAAUGAUUAUAGUAAUGAGGAAGUAUUGAAAAAUCCUUUAUUAAAUUUAUAUUUCAAUGAAAUGUAUUAUAAACACAAAACAGUUAAUCAUAAAAUAUAUGAACGAACUGAUGAACCUUUAUUAUGUUUUGCAAAAUUAGAAAAAGAACUUCCACAAAUUCGUGUUUUAUUAAAAAGUGCAAAUAAUGAAGUUAAACGAAGGCAAGAAAAGAAAACAAUUAAUGAUGAAGUUUGUUUAUUAGAUAUAUUAAAGUUUUUAUCAGUGAAUGGAAAUUAUUUAGUACCUGAAUGGUUAAAAUUAUAUCAAAUAUUAACUACUUUACCUAUUGGAUCUAAUGAAUGCGAAAGAAGUUUUAGUGCAUUAAAGCGAAUUAAAACCAAAUUACGAAAUAAUCUCUCAUCCACAGCGUUAGAAACGGCUGCGAAGGUUAAUGUUUUAAAAUCGAAUGUUACUAAUGAUGAUUUAGAUGAUAUCGUGCAACAUUUUUGUAUGUAUCCAGGAUGA